CUACAUAGACAACAAAAUAAAGUCAUCAAAAUUAGUAAACAAGUAAAGAGAAGCUAGAUAGGUGCAAUGAAAGUGGUACAAACUAAGUAUUCAUUAGCAAUCUUAAUAACAUUUUCAAUCCUUGUUGUUGCUUUGGGUUCCGCAUCCGACAGAAAGCAAGAGGUUAGGCGGUGUGAGGAGCAGUGCCAAAGGCAACAGCCGUACUUCGAGGAGCAUCUGUGCAGGCAAAGAUGCCAGGUUCACUUUCAGGAAGUAGAAAGAAGAAAUGUAAGAGAUGAUGAUGCAGAGGAGGAAUAUGAGCUUUGUCAACAAACAUGUCCCGGCUCGGGUAAGAGGCAGUGGGAAUGCCAGAGGAGGUGUCAAGAUGAUUAUGAGGCAGCUUUGAAGAGAGAAAGAGAAAGAGGACAUGAACACGAUCAUGAGCAUGAGCAUGAAGAUGAAGAUGAAGAUGAACAUGAUCGGGAAAGAGAUCCGGACCAUGAACAUCAUCAUGGCGGUGGAGGAGAUCGGCAUCCACGAGAACAUGACUACACACAUUGUCUUCAUAGGUGUGAGGACGAGGAGGAAGGUUUUCCACGACAAAGACAAUGCAAAUUGGAUUGUGAAGAUCAAUUUGGUCGUCAUCGUGAGGGGCACAAGCAUCAUCGAAGGGGCGAGCAAGGUCGUCGAAAGGGAUUUAAUAUCCUUAACAAGAUCAAACUGGGUAAAGAGGCUGUUAAUCCUUACUACUUCAACUCUAAGAGCUUUGAGUCACGUUAUUCAACUCGAGAAGGGCAUAUGAAGGUACUCCAAAGGUUCUCAGAGAAGUCAAACCUCCUACUUGGAAUUGACAGAUUCAGAAUUGGUAUCUAUGAGGCCAAUCCUAACACUUUCAUGCUUCCUCAUCACUGGGAUGCUGACUCCGUUCUCUUCUUCAUCAAAGGAAAAGCCAUUGUGACAUUUUUGAAGCAAGAAAACCGUAAGACCUUCAAUGUUGAACGUGGAGAUGUGCUGAUGAUUCCCUCUGGCACAACAGCCUACCUAACUAACAUUCAAAAUGAUGAAAAGCUGCAAAUAGCUGAGCUAUUACGCCCUGUUAAUAUUCCUGGUCGUUAUCAGCAAUUUUUCGGUAUAGGCGGUGAAGAAUCCAAAUCGUUCCUCAACAGCUUCAGUACAGAAAUCCUCCAAGCUGCACUGAAUAUACCAAGGGAGCAGCUUGAGAAGCUCUUAAAUCAACAGAAGGAAGGAGCAAUCGUGAAAGCCAGUGAAGAGCAAGUGAGAGCGUUGGGUCAUGGGAUGUCCAGAAGACAAUUUGGAGAAUCCAAAGGCAAAUUCAGUUUGUUGGAUGGACGGCCACAAAUGUCGAAUGAACAUGGGGAGUUUUAUGAGGUUACUCCAAAUGAUUAUGAGCUGCUCGAAGAUCUUGACGUCUCUGUUGCAUACUGUGACAUCAAACAGGGGUCAAUGAUGGCACCAAACUAUAAUUCUCGGACAACCUUCAUUGUUCUGGUGGAGGAAGGGAGUGGAUAUUUUGAAAUUGCACGACCACUCACGGAAAACACAAGUAAUAAGAAGGAACAAGGUAGCAGCCAGAUGUACGAGAAAGUGAGCUCUCGCUUAACGAAGGGUGAUGUUUUUAUCGUUCCUGCUGGACAUCCACUUGCUUUAGUAGCAUCAGAGAACGAGAGCCUUAAGACUAUCGGGUUUGGUAUCAAUGCCAAAAACAACCAAAGAAACUUCCUUGCAGGACAAGAGAACAUAAUAAACCAGCUAGAUGAACAAGCGAUGGAGUUAUCUUUCAAUCUGCCAGCAAGAGAUGUACAGGAGAUGUUUCAGAGACAGAGGCAAUCUUAUUUCAUGGCUGGCCCAAAACAACAGCAGAAUCCCAUAGUUUCACUUUUGGACUUUGCUGGCUUUUAAAUAGUUCCAAAGUGUGGUUAAUGGUAGAGUUGUGAGAAUGUCAAUGUCUGAAGGUUGAACUUUCCCAGACUACUGUAAACUAAAUAAAUACUGUAUCGUUAUGGUUUUGUUCCCUGA